CUCCGUCUGCUCCAAUCAACUGUAACUUUCCCAACACAGAUUUGUAAAAUGGCGACUGCCGAACCGGAAACUACUCCAAAUCCAUCCCUGCUAGAAGAGGGUGGAGCUGAAGAGGCAAAAGAGACUAGUCAAGAAAUUGUUAGCCCAGAAGCCUACAUCAAACACCCUCUACAAAACAGAUGGUCGCUCUGGUUCUUCAAGAAUGACAAGAGCAAAACAUGGCAGGCCAACCUGCGACUCAUCUCUAAAUUUGAUACAGUUGAAGAUUUUUGGGCUCUGUACAACCAUAUCCAGUUGUCAAGCAAUCUCAUGUCAGGCUGUGAUUACUCCCUUUUCAAGGAUGGAAUUGAGCCCAUGUGGGAGGAUGAGAGAAACGUACGUGGAGGACGCUGGCUGAUUACACUUAACAAGCAGCAGAGAAGAUUAGACCUGGACCGCUUCUGGUUAGAAACUCUCUUGUGUUUAGUUGGGGAGGCCUUUGAUGACUAUAGUGAUGACGUUUGUGGAGCUGUGGUCAACAUCCGCGCAAAAGGAGAUAAAAUUGCUGUCUGGACAUCAGACUGUCAAAACCGUGAUGCUGUAACACACAUCGGGAGAGUUUACAAGGAGCGGUUGGGGCUCCCCAUGAAGAUGACUAUUGGCUACCAAUCCCACUCUGACACAGCAACUAAAAGUGGCUCAACCACCAAGAACAAAUUUGUUGUUUGA